AUGUUUUCAAAUACUUAUGAGCAAAGUGUAUGAUUUCAUAUGUAAAUAAGAUCAUUUUUUCCGAAAAAUUUCAAAUUUCAAGCUUCUUAGAUAAAAUGGUUGAUGAAAUCGAAGAGUAUAGAUGUGAGUGUAAAAUUUCAGAAUCUUGUAUUGUAUGUGAAACUAAAAGUAUUUGCUUUAUUUAUAAAUGAUUUAGAAUGGAUGUAGAUGCUUCAAUAAUUCAAUGGAAUUUUAAAUUAACAAUGUAAUUUAAAAUAGUGUUCUUUUAGAAUUGCCUGUUUUUCCUGAGGACAACUUUAAUAUACCUUUAUAUUUAUCAAAAGUAUAUGAAAUAAUACAUGCAGUGUUUACAUUUAAAUCAGCAACAAUAAAAAACUUAAAUAAUUAUGAAGAUGAAUUUUUCAAAAUAAAAAGUGAUAAUGAAUCUUUAAAAGUGAAAGCUAAACGAUUAUAAGAAGAGAUAGAAUAAAAGUAAAAUUCUAUUUAAUAUAUUUGAAUAGAAUAAAGCUUAUAGGUUAACUUGAAAAUCAAAUUACUUAAUUGAAUAAAUCAAAUAAAUUGACAAACGAUAAACUUAUUUAAGAGAAGGUAUUAAUUAAGAUAAAAAGAUAGGAAGAGUUAAAUUAAAAAGUCAUUAAGAUAUAAAAUAAAGUAUAAGUGAUGUAAAGUGAGUUCAAAAAAAAAGAAUUAGAAUUUUUGAAAAUGAAAGAUUAGGUUAGAAUAAUAUAAUAAAAAAUAGUUAAGAAGCAAGGAUAGAAUCAAUUAUGCAAAUAGAUAUGAUACUAUGCCAUUAAAAACUUAAACAUCAUAAUAAAAUGGUUUUGAUACAUGGAUUUCAACAAGAAAAGGUUUAAUUGAUGAAGUGUCUGCUUUAUAAGAUACACUAAGCACAUUUAUUUAAAUUUUGAAUCAAUUUUUUUAAUAGUUAAACAAUGGUUCUGAAUAAUGUAAUCCUGAUAUUGUACGAUUACCUUAAUAAAGUGGAAAAAGUAUAAUAUGGAUUAAAUAGUAACUUUUAAGAUUAAAUGGUUAAUUUAAUAUAGAUGAUUCUUUAAUAAAAGAGUUGCCUAAAUCUAAUUCUAGUUUUAUUGCAUCUGAACAAAAAUAAUAAUAAUAAAAUCGAUCUCAUAAUAAAACAAAUAGUAUUAGCAAUAGUGGUUAAAAGGAUACAUUUAAAAUUCUUAAUCGUAGUUAAACAUUGCAUUUGUAAUAACAAUAGGCUUUACCUGAUGAAACUUUAAGUAUUUUAUCUAGAAUAUCUAUUAAUGAUGUUUCUUUAGUAGAGUCUACAAAUAGUGCAAAAUUCGCAUAGAAACCCCCAUAAGAUAAAUAAUAAUUAAAAAAAUGGGAGUUUGUAUUCAAACAAUAAUGAUUUCAAUAAACAAAGCA